AAAAUGGCGGAACCGCCGAGCCCAGUGCACUGUGUCGCUGCCUCCGCCCCCACCGCCACCGUCUCGGAGAAAGAACCGUUUGGCAAGCUGCAGCCCUCCUCCCGGGACCCUCCGGGUUCUCUGUCCGCCAAGAAGGUCCGGACUGAGGAGAAGAAGGCACCGCGGAGAGUGAACGGAGAAGGGGGCAGCGGCGGGAACAGCAGGCAGCUGCAGCCGCCGUCAGCUCCUUCGCCUCAGAGCUAUGGCAGCUCCGCGUCUUGGAGCUUUGCCCCUCUGUCUGCUGCUCCCUCCCCGUCCUCUUCUCGGAGCAGUUUCUCUUUUUCCGCUGGCACGGCCGUUCCCUCUUCAGCCUCCGCUUCCUUGUCUCAGCCGGUGCCGCGCAAACUGCUGGUCCCUCCUACGCUGCUGCACGCUCAACCUCACCAUCUCCUUCUGCCCGCCGCCGCCGCUGCCUCGGCUAACGCUAAGUCGCGCAGACCUAAAGAGAAGCGGGAGAAGGAGAGGAGGAGGCACGGUCUCGGCGGGGCCCGAGAGGCCGGCGGGGCCUCCCGGGAGGAGAACGGGGAGGUGAAGCCGCUGCCCCGAGAUAAAAUCAAGGACAAAAUUAAAGAGAGAGACAAAGAAAAAGAGAGAGAGAAGAAACAUAAAGUAAUGAAUGAGAUCAAGAAAGAGAAUGGAGAAGUAAAGAUUUUGCUGAAAAGUGGGAAGGAGAAACCAAAAACAAAUAUAGAAGACUUACAAAUUAAAAAGGUAAAGAAGAAAAAGAAAAAGAAACACAAAGAGAAUGAAAAACGGAAGCGUCCGAAAAUGUAUAACAAAUCUAUUCAGACCAUCUGCUCAGGAUUGCUAACUGAUGUUGAAGAUCAAGAAACCAAAGGCAUCCUAAAUGAUAACAUAAAAGAUUACGUUGGGAAGAAUUUGGAUACCAAGAACUAUGAUUCCAAAAUUCCAGAGAACAGUGAGUUUCCAUUUGUCUCAUUAAAGGAGCCACGAGUUCAGAAUAACCUCAAAAGGUUGGACACUUUGGAAUUUAAACAACUCAUUCAUAUAGAGCACCAGCCUAAUGGAGGUGCUUCGGUUAUCCAUGCCUACAGUAAUGAACUCUCCCACCUGUCUCCUAUGGAGAUGGAGAGGUUUGCAGAAGAGUUUGUGGGUCUAGUGUUCAGUGAAAACGAAAACUCUGCAGCUUUCUACGUGAUGGGUAUUGUUCAUGGGGCAGCUACUUAUUUACCUGACUUUUUAGACUAUUUUUCAUUUAAUUUUCCCAAUUCACCAGUGAAAAUGGAGAUAUUAGGAAAGAAAGAUAUAGAGACAACGACUAUGUCCAAUUUUCAUGCUCAGGUAAAAAGAACGUAUUCUCAUGGUACUUACAGAGCUGGCCCAAUGCGACAAAUAAGCUUGGUGGGAGCAGUUGAUGAAGAAGUAGGAGAUUAUUUCCCUGAGUUCCUUGACAUGUUGGAAGAGUCACCAUUUUUAAAAUGUACACUGCCAUGGGGGACGCUAUCUAGUCUAAAAUUACAGAGUCGAAAAGAUAGUGAUGAUGGUCCCAUCAUGUGGGUUCGUCCAGGAGAACAAAUGAUCCCUGUGGCUGAUAUGCCAAAGUCACCUUUCAAAAGGAAAAGAACUACCAAUGAAAUAAAAAAUCUUCAGUACCUACCUCGAACAAGUGAGCCCCGUGAGAUGCUCUUUGAAGACAGGACAAGAGCUCAUGCAGAUCAUAUAGGACAAGGUUUUGAACGACAGACUACAGCUGCUGUUGGAGUGCUGAAGGCUGUGCACUGUGGAGAGUGGCCUGAUCAACCCCGUAUAACCAAAGAUGUAAUUUGUUUUCAUGCUGAAGAUUUCUUAGAAGUAGUUCAACGAAUGCAGUUAGAUUUACAUGAACCUCCACUGUCCCAGUGUGUCCAAUGGGUUGAUGAUGCAAAACUGAAUCAACUGAGGAGGGAAGGCAUUCGCUAUGCCAGGAUUCAGCUAUAUGAUAAUGACAUUUAUUUUAUUCCAAGGAAUGUUGUUCAUCAGUUCAAGACAGUUUCAGCUGUAUGCAGUUUAGCAUGGCACAUUCGGCUCAAAUUAUAUCACUCAGAGGAGGACACUUCUCAGAAUACAGCUACUCAUGAAACAGGCACAUCAUCAGAUUCCACAUCAUCUGUUCUUGGACCUGACACUGACAACAUGGUUUGUGCUGUAAGCAAAGCCUCCUUGGAUUCUGUUUUUUCAGAUAAACUUCAUUCUAAAUAUGAAUUACAGCAGAUUAAACAUGAACCUGUUGCAUCUGUAAGAAUCAAGGAAGAACCUGUGAAUGUUAAUGUUCCUGAAAAGACUAGAGCACUGAAUAAUAUGGAUGGCAAGAAUGUUAAAGCAAAAUUGGAUCAUGUUCAAUUUACAGAAUUUAAGAUUGACGUGGAUUCUAAAUUUGAAAAUAGCAACAAAGAUUUAAAGGAAGAAUUGUGCCCUGGAAAUCUAAGUCUAGUUGAUAUAAGGCAACACAGUUCAGCACAUUCAAAUCAAGAUAAAAAAGACGAUGACAUUUUGUGCUAAAUUUGCAUAUAGCAUCUAAAAUCCUUUUUAAAAAAAAUUUAAUAAUGUAAUAAAGAUUCAUGAAUUCUGAAAGCAAGCCAAGGACUUGCUCCUAUAUCUGUUACAAAACAUUGUUUAUGUAGCUUUGUAACAUUCCUCAGUGCCUGUCCAUAACUGUGAAGUAUUAAGCACUUAGGGCCAGAUGCACUGUAAACAUUGCAGGUUUAAACAUAAAGGAGUCUUUAAAAAAAAUCAUUUACGUUGGAAUUUUAGGUUUUAGAAUAGAGCUG